UUAUCCAAAGAAACAGAUUUUCGUGACGAUGGGGAAAUUUUCAUCGAAAGCUGCUUUCAUCAUCCUUUUAGCUUUUGCCGUGAUCAUGAUAUCCGUAACAGUUGAGAUUGUUGAGGCAAAACGUCUCUUACUUGAAGAAACAUCUCAACACUUAUUGGACCUUAAAGCUCCGCACUCGAUUAAGCCAUUGAUGGCUAGGUUUUGUACGCCAGAUUGCACACCAUUAUGCUUUGCUACGGCCUGUCAUUGCGUAUGUCCUCCAAAGAAAAUAUAAACUGUAAUCGUAACUGAAAAAUGAA